UCUUCCUUUCUCAACAUGGCACCGAAGGUGAAAAAGGAAGCUGUCCCUGCCAAGACUGAGGCUAAGUCAAAGGCUCUGAAGGCCAAGAAGGCUGUGCUCAAAGGUGUACAUAGCCAAAGGAAGAAGAAGAUCAGGACUUCUCCCACCUUCCGUCGCCCUAAAACCCUCCGUCUGCGCAGGCAGCCCAAGUACCCUAGGAAAAGUGCUCCUCGCAGGAACAAAUUGGAUCACUAUGCCAUUAUCAAGUUCCCCUUGACAACAGAGUCAGCUAUGAAGAAGAUUGAAGACAACAAUACGCUGGUGUUUAUUGUAGACGUCAAGGCAAACAAACACCAAAUCAAACAGGCAGUCAAAAAGUUGUACGACAUCGACGUUGCCAAAGUCAACACGUUGAUCAGGCCUGAUGGUGAAAAGAAGGCAUAUGUUCGUCUUGCACCAGAUUACGAUGCCUUGGACGUUGCAAACAAGAUUGGCAUUAUCUGAAGUGGGUGUGACAAGACUUGUAGAAAAAUAAAUAUUUGUACAAAC